UGCUUCAGCAGACGGAUGUGAGGGAUGCUCCUCCGUCCAUGAAAGGAACUGCCCCCCUCCCCCCACUGACGAGCCUCCUCAUAAGUACUUCCAGUGAGGGAGACACAGACGCAGGUAUUAACGGGAGGUGGGGCGGGAAGCGCGGAAACGGCCAUCCACCGGGAGGACCUAAAGGGAGCAGACCCAUGCGCAACGGUGUCGAUGACUUUUUAUUUUUUAUUUUUUCGCCUACCCCCCCCCCCCCCCUCCCGCCCCUUUUAACGCAGGUGUAGCUUUUUAAUCCACCCCCCGACUCCACCCCCACUCCUACAACCCACCCAAGUCUCGCACGCGCGCUGCAUCCUUUCAAACCACCGGGAAGGCAUGCUCGAGCUCUGGAGCGUCAGGAACAGGGGCGCGUUGAACGCAUCGCGGUGCGUCUCCUUUGUGCGCGGCGUGGCCCCGCCGCUGUGAAGGAUCCCCGCUCUGCAGCCCGCACGGAUGACCUAAAAGCUUCCAGUCUUCGCUUCACAAACACAGGACUUCACGAUCACCAUGGCUGACCAGUACAGUAUGUUUCUCACGACGGCGCCGCCGCUCCGGCGAGGGAGCACCCCUCUGCCCGUCAAACACCAGCUACGGAGGGAAGAAGCUGUGUCCGAGGACUGCGACUGGAUCCCGGGCAUAGAAGAACCUACCACGUUGCCUAUCAGUGACACGACGGUGCCUCGGGUUGAGUCUUUCAGCCAGUCGGCGGCAUCCCAGCCAGCUUAUCAAAGCUCCGGAGGAGCACUGAAGAUAGUACUACUGGGACAGAACGGCGUGGGCAAGUCUUCGCUUGCCUUAUCCCUGGCCGGACAGUCGGACCGAUCCCUCUCUAUAGACUCUGAGACACAAGCUUGCGGUGAGGGCUACGAGAGCACAGUGACCGUGGAUGAUGAAGACAGUAAAGUUAUCAUUUAUGACAAUUGGAAACAGGACCUGGCCACGAUGCAGUGCGACGUGUGUAUCCUGGUGUUCUCAGUGACUGACAGGAGGAGUUUCCACCGCACGGCCCAGCUCCGCCUCCUUCUCAGGGAGUCCCAGCCACAAACACCCAUCAUCCUCGUGGGGAACAAGAGCGACCUGGUCCGGUCCAGAGAAAUCAGUUCAGAAGAGGCCCAGUCCAGCGCCAUGAUGUUUGACUGCGUCUACCUGGAGCUCUCUGCGUCUUUGGACCACGGCACGAACGAGCUGCUGGAGGCGGCGGUGCGGACGGCACGAGGGGACUGCGUGGGUCCCGGUUGGAUGGACGGCGACCCGGGAGCGGGACGCCGGGAGAGCCUGACGAGCCGGGCCAAGCGCUUCCUGGCCGGCCUGGUGCCCCGGUCGUACGGGCGGGACCGCGAUCGGGGCCGCUACAGGGAAAUGAGCCGGCACGGGGGGAGCAAGAUCUUUCGUCAAAAAUCCCGCUCCUGCCAUGACCUCAGCGCACUGUGACCCCCCCCCCCCAACUGCUCUUACAGGGGAGAUAGCAAACACACAACACACCCUCCAUAUAAACACACAAAAACUCACACACAUGGAGGGGGGAAAAAAAGACCACAAGGGACAUGAUGUGCAUGGUAGAAAGAGAAACUUUGAGGAGAGGAGAGAUGGAAGCCCUCGGAUCAGUGAGGCAAUUUCCAGCCAGAGAAACGGAUAAGGAGCCUGAUUGGACGCCGCAGCUCGGCUGAAUCACUCAUUACUCCCGAAAGAAAAUCAUCAAGGUAGCGAUUUGAUGCCUAACUGGAGGGACAAUGAAGUCACCCAAACAAAUACUGAAACACACGUAGCACCCACGAAUGAACGUAGAGACUGAUAGCAAUUCAAUGUAUUCCAGACCCUGGUUUUCCAGCAUGCGUAGUAGACGAUCUAAGACCCCGUAGGUUUUUACAGUCACAUGACCCUUGAUUUACAGUACCUCAGUGGCCGAUAGCAAAUGCAAAGUCCUGCUAGUGUUAUGAGUAAUGCCAUAACAAAGGCAAGACUGUUUAUUUUUCAAAUGUCUCCACAGUCUGUCCAUGUCCCGCGCUGAAUACAAGCGUUGUUUGAUACAGGAUGUUCAUCUUGCGACUUUUAUAGAAGGUUAAAUCAUCACCCACCCAAGCCAUAUUCUUUUGCUGACUGCACCACAAGCAAUCAGCAGAGUAAACCCUUUACUGCAGACGGACGGACGGAGGGAGAGGACAUCACGGGGGCCGCUGUCAAAGCACGGAAGGACAAACACAAAAAACCCUAUCUACCUGUGGCUGCUUGAUCUGCUCUGAUUAUUUGGUUUUGCGUGUUUUUCACCUCGAUUCUCGCAGGUUGAGACUUUUUAUUCUGUGGGGAGGGAGAUUCUGGAACUGUUCCCUGUAUGUCACGGAGCGCGCCGCCACCGCCGCCUCUGUAACAUCCUCACCGGUUUGUCACUGUCUGCACUCAUCUUCACCUCUGAGAAUAAAAGCAUUUUUGUUUGGCAUCUCUA